AGUGUGCACUCUAUAUUAAUUUUACUAAUAGUAUAGCGGCAGGGGAAAAUGAAGUUUUAAAACUUACAAGUUUAUUCCAUCCUUCUUAUUUAAAAUUUUCAUCAGUUUGGCUGUUUUUCUCUAUUCUCUUCGGGUUUCUAUAUAUUUGUUCUAAAACUUUAUUUUUUGUUUAAUUAAUUACAAGAAUUUAUAGAAGUUGGGUCAUUUCAUUUGAGAAAGUAGAAACAUCAUAUCUAAGAUUUUUGUAACGAUAUAAAGUUGACUCCUGAAAAACUCCACUAUCCCUCAACCCCUUUUUUCAAUACUUCAAAGUUUGUAUAUUUAAUGUAGAAAAAAAGGUAGAGAGAUUAUAAAUUUCAGCCAUUUUUCACCAAACACACCUGAAAAGGUGAAUCUGUGAAUGGAAGGUGAGUAUGGCAUGUACAAGAAAGGAAGCAGUGGAUGGUCAUACAUGACUGGAAAUGAAGAAUUUCAAGAAACUGAUGUUUGGUCUGUUUGGAAUCAAAGAAAUGAUUUUGAUUCAAAAUCUAUCAAUUCAAAAGGAUCAUCAUCUUCUAGUUUUACUUCAAGAACCAUUCCUCUUUCGACUGCAGCCAGAAUGACUCCUAGUACUGGUACAUACAAUCCCUGUAUGGAAUCUAGGAUUCCUCAACAACAAUCUACACCUGUUAGUGUUCCUGAUUGGUCAAUGAUCUAUGGAAAGUCAAACAGAUCAUCACAUAAUUCUCCAUGGCUUGAUUAUGGUGGUGGUGAUGAUGGUGAUGGGAACGUGAUGCCCCCUCAUGAAUGGAUUGCACAUAAGCUUGCAAGGAGUCAAAUUUCUUCAUUUUCUGUAUGUGAAGGUGCUGGAAGAACACUCAAAGGCAGAGAUCUCAGUAGGGUAAGAAAUGCGGUUUUAACGAAAACUGGAUUUCUUGAAUAAUAUUCCCUGCUCUACAUACAUUAUCUUCAUAAUUCAUACUUUUCAAGAAAUCUUUUCUAAAACCCAUCAAAUUCAAGGAAUGGCACUAUCAAUAUCAUUAUCAUGAUGAUGUAACAUCAUCAAUAUGAUUGAUAAUUGUGAUAAUAAAAUGGGUCCCAUUCAUCUUGUGGUGGUAUUGUAUGUGUAAAUUAUUAUUCCUAUGUUUAUUUUUUAUGGUUUGUAUAAUUAAACGGGUUUUGCAGCUAAUGAGUAAUGAUGGAUAUAGUUAUAA